AUUAGCAAGGGUUGUUACCUUACUAACGUGUUGUUGUUGUUAUAGUGAUUAGGUGUGUUUUUGCUGUUGCUGUAAUAAAAGUCCACUGACUCUUUGGUCGUGUCUCGUCUCGUCUCCCCAUUGGCAUCGAUCUGCACUUUGAGAUUUACUCUUCAAUAUGGCGAGGAGUAGAUCAUCAUCGUCUUCCACUAUAUGGAGAUACAUCAAUCCCGCUUACUAUUUGAAACGACCUAAGCGCCUCGCUUUGCUCUUCUUCGUUUUUGUUUUUGUAACCUUCUUCUUUUGGGAUCGACAGACUUUAGUCCGUGAUCAUCAGGAAGAAAUUUCUAAGUUGAAGGAAAAAGUGACACACUUGCAAAAUCUGCUGGAAGAAUUGAAGAAUGGUGGAGGCGUUUCAGGUGAAAAAAUGAAAUAUAGUGGCGAAGGUGGUCAUGCGGUGAAGAAUAUGGAUUCACCAGAUAAUAUCCUUGAUGCUCAGCGAAGAGAGAAAGUGAAAGAUGCUAUGAUUCAUGCUUGGAGUUCUUAUGAAAAAUAUGCGUGGGGCCAUGAUGAACUACAGCCGCAAACAAAGAAUGGCGUUGACAGUUUUGGUGGUCUUGGAGCGACCUUGAUAGAUUCUCUUGACACACUAUAUAUCAUGGGCCUGGAUGAGCAGUUUCAGAGAGCUAGAGAAUGGGUUGCAAACUCCUUGGAUUUCAACAAGAACUACGAUGCAAGUGUUUUUGAGACAACCAUAAGGGUUGUAGGUGGGCUUCUUAGCACGUAUGAUCUAUCUGGUGAUAAGCUUUUCCUUGAUAAGGCUCAAGACAUUGCAGACAGAUUGUUGCCUGCAUGGAAUACAGAAUCUGGCAUCCCUUACAACAUUAUCAACUUGGCACAUGGGAAUCCACAUAAUCCUGGUUGGACAGGGGGUGAUAGUAUCCUGGCAGAUUCUGGUACCGAGCAGCUUGAGUUCAUUGCUCUUUCGCAGAGGACAGGAAACCCAAAAUAUCAACAAAAGGUGGAGAAUGUUAUCUUAGAACUUAACAAAACUUUUCCAGAUGAUGGUUUGCUUCCAAUAUACAUCAAUCCACAUAAAGGCACAACAUCAUACUCGACUAUAACAUUUGGGGCAAUGGGUGACAGCUUUUAUGAAUAUUUACUCAAGGCCUGGAUACAAGGAAACAGAACUGCUGCUGUGAGUCAUUAUAGGAAAAUGUGGGAGACAUCAAUGAAAGGUCUUCUAAGCUUGGUCCGGAGGACGACCCCUUCGUCUUUUGCAUAUCUUUGUGAGAAGAUGGGAAGUUCUUUAAAUGACAAGAUGGAUGAACUUGCAUGCUUUGCUCCUGGGAUGUUGGCUUUAGGAUCAUCUGGUUAUAGCCCUGAUGAGGCUCAGAAGUUCUUAUCACUGUCUGAGGAGCUUGCUUGGACUUGCUAUAACUUUUACCAGUCAACACCUACAAAAUUGGCAGGAGAGAACUAUUUUUUUAAUGACGGCCAAGAUAUGAGUGUGGGCACAUCAUGGAACAUAUUAAGGCCCGAGACAGUUGAGUCACUGUUUUACCUCUGGCGGUUAACCGGAAACAAGACAUACCAAGAGUGGGGUUGGAACAUAUUUCAAGCAUUUGAAAAGAACUCAAGGGUAGAGUCUGGAUAUGUUGGACUAAAAGAUGUCAACACCGGUGUCAAAGACAAUAUGAUGCAAAGCUUUUUUCUUGCAGAAACUCUGAAGUAUCUGUAUCUUCUUUUCUCUCCCUCAUCAGUCAUCCCCCUAGAUGAGUGGGUUUUCAACACGGAAGCCCACCCCAUAAAAAUUGUUACCCGGAAUGAUCGGGCAGUGAGUUCCGCAAGGUCAGGUGGAAGCCAAGAAUCAGAUAGGCAGUUACGAACCAGGAAAGAAGGUCGAUUUCGUAAUCACCACUAAUCGAGCUGUUGAUUAGUUAUAAUGGGAUUCAAUCACCAAGAAAGUACUAGCUUCAUUAAGCUUGCAGCCUAAUGAAAGCUUGCAUUUGAGGUGAAGGAAGGAUCUACACGCUGUUAACUCCGGAUUGGCUGGAUAUAUUGGAUGUAUUGCUAUACAUUGUAGUUUAUUAAAUGCUCUACAUGGCGCAAUAGUUGUAUGUAGCAUAGCAAUUUAGGUUAGCCUCUUAAACUGGCUUGUACUGUAGGGGUAACAUUUUUCUUUUGCCGGCACAUCGACAUUUUUGGUUUUGAUGAGCAACUUGCUACUCUCACAAAAUCUUUUUCCCUAGAGAGCGAACAGAGUUCUCGUUUGCCAAGUUAUAUGUAUCUGAAAUUGUGAAUUUAAUAUCUCUGUGACACUAUGUAUCCGAUGUAUCUAAUAGUAUGUUUUUCGUA